CGAAGCUGAAAGUUUAUAGAGCUUUAUUGGUUGGGAUUGGUGCUUAGUGAUUCAUAGAUUGCAGGCAACUUUUGUGUGUGUUUGUUUUAAUAACGUUGGCCAGAAAAAGCCAAUGGAGGUAAGCAGUAAAUGGGAGAAAGGAAUAGCAGAAGAAAAUUCAGAACAUUUUCACAUAUAUACACAUGGCUCCUGUUAAAGGAACUGCAGUGUAAUAAAUACUUUGUAGGGAGUUUUAGUAAGUAAAAUAGUGGUAAGGGCUCCUUACCACUAUUUUAGGUAAGGGUUAGAACAUUUCCGUCAUUUGGACUCUAACAUUUAGAGGGAAUAUUGCUUCCUCAUAUUUCUAUAUAUACUGCUUCGUUUACUUGGCAUUUACUUAAUAAAUGUAUCACUAGAAACACAUUUGCAUUGAUCUAUGAAAUAGGCAACCUGGUUUAAUCAUCAACACAUUUUACAUUGUAAAAUAUAAAUUACAAUGUCAUUUAAUGCAAGCUUUAAAUAUCUUGAAAAACAUUCACUUCCUCUGAAUUUUUUUUUUUUUUUAACGAAUGCUUUCUACUUUCUACCUUGUUUGAGAUACACACCUUGGAUGUGUGGGUGAUUCAAUUGAUAGAAGAUGGGAUUCUUUUCCAAGUUGCCAAGGUGGUCGAAAUUAUGCUUCAUACAGAUGAUUCUGAUUUGUGAACCAGAUGGAAAGAAUAUUUCUUGGGAAGAAAUAUUAGCAAAGAAAAAGCUACGAAGAUCUCAGCAUGCCCGCAAAGAAACUGAAUUUUUAAGGCUGAAGAGGACAAGGCUAGGCCUUGAUGACUUUGAAUCUUUGAAAGUGAUUGGAAGAGGUGCAUUUGGAGAGGUCCGCCUAGUCCAGAAGAAAGAUACGGGUCAUAUUUAUGCAAUGAAGAUAUUGCGAAAAGCUGACAUGCUGGAGAAAGAGCAAGUGGCUCAUAUACGAGCAGAAAGAGAUAUUCUAGUUGAAGCUGAUGGUGCCUGGGUAGUGAAGAUGUUUUAUAGUUUUCAGGACAAGCGCAACCUUUACCUGAUUAUGGAAUUUCUUCCAGGAGGUGAUAUGAUGACUUUGCUCAUGAAGAAGGAUACCCUAUCUGAGGAAGAGACACAGUUUUAUAUAUCUGAAACUGUGCUUGCUAUUGAUGCCAUUCACCAACUAGGUUUUAUUCACAGAGAUAUUAAGCCAGAUAAUCUUCUGCUGGAUGCAAAGGGCCAUGUAAAACUCUCUGAUUUUGGGCUAUGCACAGGUUUAAAGAAAGCUCACCGAACUGAAUUCUACAGAAACCUUACACAUAAUCCACCAAGUGACUUCUCAUUUCAGAAUAUGAACUCCAAGAGAAAAGCAGAAACGUGGAAGAAGAACAGACGACAGCUGGCCUAUUCUACUGUUGGGACACCAGAUUACAUUGCCCCAGAGGUUUUCGUGCAAACGGGUUACAACAAAUUAUGUGACUGGUGGUCUUUGGGAGUGAUUAUGUAUGAAAUGCUAAUAGGAUACCCCCCUUUUUGUUCUGAAACACCCCAAGAAACAUACAGGAAAGUUAUGAAUUGGAAGGAAACUCUGGUAUUUCCACCUGAGGUGCCCAUUUCAGAAAAAGCAAAGGACUUAAUCUUAAAAUUUUGUGCUGAUGCUGAAAACAGAAUUGGUAGCAGUGGAGUAGAAGAAAUUAAGAGUCACCCAUUUUUUGAAGGUGUUGACUGGGCACAUAUCAGAGAAAGGCCAGCUGCGAUCACUAUAGAAAUCAAAAGUAUAGAUGAUACUUCCAAUUUUGAUGAAUUCCCCGAAUCUGAUAUUUUACAACCAGUGCCAAAUACCACCGAACCGGAUUUCAAGUCCAAAGACUGGGUUUUUCUGAAUUAUACCUACAAGAGAUUUGAGGGGCUGACUCAGCGGGGCUCGAUCCCUUCUUACAUGAAAGCAGGGAAGUUGUGAAAUGCAGCAGAAAA